AUGUCUCGUCCUCCUUUACCUCCCCGUCGCAGCGUUCCUCCUCCACAGCUGGCCGACACCGGCGUCGACGAUGACGAUGACCAGCAACCAAAGGGAAUCGCAGCAAGAAUCGCUAGAUUGCAGCUUGACCACAAGGGAAUUGGCCGUGGCCAAGUCAGUCAGAGCUCGCCAGUGCCUCGAGGCGCGCUCUAUCCGACGUCAGAGGAGCUUGCUCGACGGGGACCCGACUUUCUUCGCCUUAUUCGUCGGCCUCCACCGCCCAUCCCGCCGUUGACCGUCCACAAAGCCCCGCCGCCGCCUCCACGACGUCUGCCCGCCCGCCUUCCUACCCCGCCUCCAGAGCCGGUACCAGAACCAGAACUCGAAGCAUCCUGCCUCAAGUGUCAUGACUUCUCUUACGUAGAUGCUCAUGCCGCCCAGUUCCCUCGUCAGACUGUCAGCUCCCUCGAUCAGCUCGCAAUUGACCUCACAUCCCCCUUCGACUCCGAGACCGAAAAGUGCCGCGCGAUAUUCACUUGGCUGCACCAUAAUGUCGCCUACGAUACCGUUUCUUUCUUUUCCGGGAAGCUUGCAACCUGCGACCGCCCAAGCAACCUUCCAAUCUGGGCUAGCAGUCUGCGAAGGUCUUACAAGGUCACCGGUCACGGGAAGGGCUUUGGGUAUGCUGCGACAGGCCCCGACGCGCCUGUUCCUCCUUAUCAAAGCAAUCACGCUUGGAACUGUGUCCUCAUGGACGGCGAGUGGCGGCUCAUCGACUGCUGCUGGGGUGCUGGCGCCCUAGAAGGGUCAGUCUGGAAUAAGUGCUUCACCCCCACGUGGUUCAGCUCCUCCCCAGUAGAGUUUGGGAGGCGCCAUUACCCCGAGGACCCAUCCUACCAGCUUAUCAGCGAAGAGGAUGGUGGUCCCGUGUCCUGGGAGCAGUACAUCCUCGAACCAGAGCGCCCUGUCAUCUUUCAGGAUUUCUACAAGUUGAACUUUAACCCAUAUCUCUUACAGCCGGCCGAAAAGUACAUCCAGAGCGGGGCAUGGGCCACUUUUCACAUAUUCAAGUUCUGUGAGCACAUGUCGAGGGCUGAUGCAGAUAAUUAUGUUUAUUUCAUCAGCGAUCCCGGCAACACGCGAACUCCAAUGCAGGUAAACGAAGAAGGGGGUUGGAGCGCUACUGUAUAUAUACCUAGAGGAGGAGGAGAGCUUUCCCUCUACUACGUCACACAGUGCGACGGCAGGGACGCAAAAGGGCUGAGUGUUCAGGCGUUCAAUAAUGCUAAUGGCCGCAAAGCCAUGUCUUUUGGAGGUAUGGGGAGAUGGACCGUAGUUUAG